GCGACUUGCACUCGGUGGAUGAUGGUGCGCUGUGUGCUGUGCCAAUCGUUAGUCGGUCGCCAACUUCCGAGUCGAAUAGACGCGUUCUAGUGUUCGUUCUGCGUGCCAGUUGCAGCAGCUUUGGCGCCUCCAUCCACCACCGAUUUGUUGUGGUAGGUGGAUUUGUGGUGCGCGGAUCUUGCCCACCCCGCGUGGUUUUAAGUGGAUUCGCUAAUUAAUAUUACCGUGCGUUGUGGCUGUGGCACUUGGCGGCAGCGUGCGUUGCGUAUAACAGGAGUUGUCUUCCUCGGUGCUGCUGCUGACUGGUGUCGGGUGUUUUAGCAUAUGUAGUGUGACGGGGAAGCAACAUCAACAACAACGACAAUAAUUGCCCCAGCCGAAAAUUAUUUGGCUUUUUAUUUGUGGGCCACUAAGGCACCGGGAGAAUAGCAGCGCGCUGCAGGAAGAAAAGUGAAAAUUGAAAAAUGUGCACAGCGAGGAUCGAGUGAGAUUUUCUCGGGCGGCGCGGGGCAAGGAAUCGUGUGAGCUCUGUAUGUGCACGUCAGAGAUUGGGUGUAGAUCCGCGCGAGGUGAUGGUGUUGAGCUACAUUUGAUCGAUUUCGACGUUUCGAGCGCGACUGUUUAGCGGAAUAGUUGUUCCAGAAUUAAAGCAAAUUUCGUGUGCGGUGAUGUUUAAGCGUGCGAUCCAGAACAACAAGAACAACUAGAAGCGGUUGGUUCAUUACCCCAAAGUCAGUGUUUCAGGGGAAGAAGCAUUGGCUUCUGAAGUGGUUUUAAUUUUAGAGCAUUUGGCACAUAAAUUAGGCGCCAGGUUGGUGAAGAAUAUUCGUCGCGGAGGAAAGUGUGCGAUUGGAUGAGGCCUGAAAGGGUGAAGAAUAAAUGGUGCACAUGAUUUGAGAGCUGCUUUUUCAGUUUGUUUUGUGUUUCUUUGUCGGUGACUGAAAAAAAUUGAAUGAAGAAGGAGGAUUAGCUUCUGCUUAGUGAUAUCAGUGAGUGAUGUCUGGUAAUUAAUUCUGAGUGGGUCUCUAUCUUGCAUGAUUAAGUGACUGUUGAUUUGUGUGGCUUGAAUCGUUCAAUGCAAAAUUAAUAAUUAUUGAACAUUAUAUCAGGAACGUGACCUUGGGAAUAACAGUUUUUCAACAAUUGCUUGAUCUACGCGGCGCGGUCCCAAUCCCGGUCUCCAAAAAUGCGCUCCAACGGGAGUAGCUAGGUUCGGCCACUUGCAAAUGCGCACAGUCAGUGACACUCUCGGAUGGAACCAUCAUCAUCAGUUGGAGGCAGCACCCCGAAAGCACCGAGCAAAAUGAAUCAUGUGCGAGCGGCCGUUAGAAUCUUGCACAUCGUGGCGAUGCUGGGAUGGCUACCGUAUCUAACGGCUUUCCACAUUCCACCCACCAAACCAGGAAUUCAGACGUUGAGUAGUCUGAUAACAUCCACCAAGCAGAACCGCAUGCAUCCGGCACAGUUCCUUGUGCCGCCCAAGGCGUACAACUCGUCCGACGAGGACUACGAAGGCUCCGCCGAGAGCAUAGACCGAAGUUACAAAGCGCGCAAGAUUGUCUACAAAUAUCCGGUGCGAUAUUCGAAGAAGAAAGUCAAACAUCCGCCGCUGCAUCCCAAGCUCUAUACGCCGUACUCGCACUGGACCAAGUGCGACGUGUUCUGUCGACAGCGACGUGAACGGUACUGCGUAGUGCGGUCCAAGUGUGGCUAUCACAUCCACGUGGAGGAACGUCGAUGCCAUCGGCAUUUGUAAGUAUUUCAUUGAUCUGAAAUACG